AUGAUGGCCGACCAGCCACCUCCUUUAGAAGCUACACCCAUACUGAAUGAAGUGCCACUUCUACCUCACAUGGUCAAUGGGGACAGCAUCCAACAGGUUAUUCUUGUGCAGGUAAACCCAGGUGAAACAUUUACAAUUACAACUGAAGAUGGACACAUUCAGUGUAUUCAAGGUCCAGCACAUGUUCCUAUGAUGUCACCAAAUGGUUCCAUGCCACCAAUAUUUGUGCCUCCAGGUUAUGUAUCUCAGGUGGUGGAAGAAAAUGGGGUCCGUAAAGUGGUGGUACUGCCACACUCAGCUGAAUUCCACCCUUCCAUGCAUCCUCCUCCUCCUCCCCACGUGCCCCAUUACAUGCACCAUCACCACGCGCUGCUGCCCCACCCGCCUCACCCAGUGUACCCUCCAGUUCCUGGGACAGGAGAGCUGCCACCACAGUUCAUCCACCAGCACCCACCACCACACGUCUUUCAAGAGCAAGAACCUCGUUCUCAUGGCAGGACAAACUUCAUUCAGAGAGAUGAAAGGAGUCUCAAAAUGCAAGAACACCUGAAGAAAAGACUAAAAGACAGACAAGCUAGUGGUCAUACUAACAAUAAACUUAACAGUCCUCCAUCUUCACCACAUAAAGUUGUUAAUUCUUCCAAUGCAACAAUUCAGAAUGGAAAUGGAAAGGGACAGCAAGGGGCAGGAGGACCACUAAAGCAGAAGCAGAUAGGAAAAACAAAGGGCAGUCCAGACCCAGAGAUGGGAGAAUCUGACACAGAAUCCAAGAAAUGUGAUACUCACUUGAGCAUUGGCAAGCCAGUUGUUUCUGAUAUACAAGCAAGAUCAGCCGUUCUGUCCUGGAAUCUCCCAGUUAGUUCACAGAAUGGAGAGAGCCAUAGUCAUAGUCCAGCAGCAUUUACAUUUGAAGUAGCAAUAUCCAACAGUGGUAAAAAUGGAAAAUUUAAAUCUGUCUAUGUUGGGGAAGAAUUAACAAUUACACUUCCUGAUCUCAGACCAGCCACUGAUUAUCAUGCCAGAGUUUCAGCAACCAGCAGUUCCAUCAAAGAAUCCAUUUCAGAAUUAGUGAGUUUCACUACAGAAAGUUGUGAGCCCGACUGUCCCGCUGCACCCAAGCUGAUUAACAGAACCAAGAACAGCCUGAGCCUGCAGUGGAAAUCCUCAAAUGACAAUGGUUCCAAAAUAACUAAUUUUCUUUUGGAGUGGGAUGAGGGGAAGAAUGGAGCCUUCAAAGAAUGCUACUAUGGGCAUCUGAAGCAGUAUAAACUGACCAAACUCUCUCCUUCUACAAAGUAUUCCCUCAGAUUAGCUGCUAAAAAUGAUAUUGGGAUGAGUGGGUUCAGCGAGACAGUGACAUACUACAGAGCAGGAAUUGUCCCACCAGCUCCAGCACCCCCCAUGCUGGUGGAAGCAGGAGUGACCUGGCUGUCCCUCAAGUGGAGCCCACCCAACGGGGUGUCUUCAGAUGACUCCCUCACUUACACUUUAGAGAUGGAAGAAGAAGGUUCUGGUUAUGGCUUCCAGCCACAGUACAAUGGAGAUGAACUCUCAUGCACUUUAAGAAAUCUUAGGAGGAGCACAUCCUAUAAGUUUAGGCUCUUUGCCUACAACAGUGAAGGAAAAAGCAGCCCUAGUGAGGUGGUGGAGCACAGCACCAGUCCUGACAAACCUGGACCACCAAGUAAACCAGUUGUAAAGGGCAAGAUCCACUCCCACAGUGUGAAAGUGACGUGGGAACCACCCAAAGAUAAUGGAGGAUCAGACAUUUCAAAAUACUUUUUGGAGAUCUCAGAAGCAUCACUUGGCAGCAGGUGGGACACCAUCUACAGUGGUUCCCAGAGAGAGCACGUGUGCGAUCAUCUCAAGCCUGGCACUUCGUACAGAAUGAGAGUUCAUUGUGUCAGUAAAGCUGGGGAAAGCCAGGCUUCUGAUGUUACAACUGUUACGACAUCGGCGGUUCCUCCAGGGCCCUGUCAUGCUCCGUGCCUGGCAGGCAGAGCUAAGCCCAAGGAAAUCACUUUGCAGUGGGGCCCACCAUCCAUAGAUGGAGGUUCUGACAUCACAGAGUAUAUUGUAGAGAUGGCAAACUCUGAAGAGGAGGAACACAGACAAGUCUAUCAGGGCCCAGCAUCUGAAUGUGUAGUAACCAACCUGCUGCCAGGGAGAACAUACUGCUUCUGGGCACGAGCAGCAAACAAAGUUGGGUUUGGCCCCCACUCUGACAAAGCAGAGAUCUCCACUGCUCCAGGACCUCCUGAUCAAUGCUGCAAACCCUUGAUAACUUGUAAAAGUGCAACUUGUGCUGUGGUUUCGUGGGAGAGUCCCUCGUGCAAUGGGGCAGAGAUCAGUGAGUACAGGCUGGACUGGGGACAGGUGGAAGGAUCCAUGCAUAUCAUUUACACUGGCCCCUGCCAGAGCUUUGAAGUCAAAGGUCUCACACCUGCAACCACCUAUUAUUGCAGAGUCCAGGCCGUGAACGUCGCUGGAGUGGGGCUGUUUGGUGAGACUGGUGUGGUGACAACCCCAGCCUCUGUCCCUGCAGCUGUGUCACUGCUGCAUCUACUUGAAGAAGACCAAAUGGAGAUUUCUCUUCCUCUCUCCACGUGCCUUGCAAUUCAGUGGGAAGAGCCUUGUUGUCACGGGGCAGAGAUCACUGGUUAUAAUAUUGAGUAUGGGGAGAAGCAGCUUGUGAGUGUUGGCAGAACCACAAGCCAUGUUCUUGAGGACCUGCUGCCUGACACUCUCUACAGAAUUAGAAUACAGGCUGUGAACAGCUUUGGAGUUGGGCCUUUCAGUCAUUCCAUUAAAGCCAAAACGAAACCACUACCUCCUGACCCUCCUCAUCUUGAAUGUGUGGUCUUCAGCUACCAGAGCCUCAAACUCAAAUGGGGUGAAGGUCCCAGCAGAGCUUUAAUUACCAACCCUACACAAUUCAACUUGCAGAUGGAGGACAGGUUUGGCAGAUUUGUUACUGUUUAUAAUGGUCCUUGUCACACCUACAAGGUACAGCGACUCAGUGAAUCCACUACCUACUACUUUAAAAUCCAGGCAUAUAAUGAUGCUGGAGAGGGAGAGUUCUCUGAAGUUUAUGCUUUCACUACAACCAAGUCUCCACCUGCAUCUCUUAAAGCACCCAAAGCAAAUCAGCUGGAAGAAAACACUUAUGAAAUCACGUGGGAACCUUUACAGCCCAUGAAAGGAGACUCCAUUGUUUACAUCCUUCAGCUUGCUGCUGGGAGGGAGUUUGAUCAGGUGUACAAGGGGCCCGAGUCCUCCUGCCGCCUCACAGGCCUGCAGACCAACUGUGAAUAUCGCGCCCGCGUCUGCGCCGGCCGCCAGUGCCAGGACCCUGCUGGCUGCCAGGAACUGUACGGACCCUACAGCCCCAGCACGGUCUUCUCAUCUCAGAAGCAAGAGCUGGUCCCAGAGGGUGCUGCCCUCACCUCCCAGCUGGCAGAGACCAAGCAGACGCUGCGCGAGGAGCGCGUCAUCGCCAUCGUCCUGCUCUGCGGCUUCGCCGUGGUGGCCAUCCUCUUUGCUGUGGUCAUCCAGUACUUUGUCAUCAAGUAG